CUCUGGAGACUGCUUUCCUGUGCUUCUCAGGAAUGAAAAACGCAGCUUCAGAGUUCAGUCCUGCCCCGGCUGGGCCAAGGCCGAGAGCCCGUCCCGCUGGCGUGAUCACUAGCAGAUGUGUCAGGAAUCACGAGGAGGCGCCGCACAACCCCUCGCGUGGCCAGCAGAGGGGGCAGGACACGCAGGGAGGGAAGUGACGCUCCCGGCUGGGGGGACACGGAGCUUCCUGCUCGUCCCGGCGGAGCCUGGAAAGCCACCGGUGGAGCACGGUGAGGGAAAGGGGAGCGCGUCCCCCUGGCACCUGCACAUCCCCACCCUGGUGCCACCGCGCAGGCCUCCCUCCACUUCAGCCAGCUGGCCGGGGCCAAGCCCAGGCCGCCUCAGGACCCGCCACUGGGCUGGCUUCGCUCAGGGGGUUCACUGCAGGACGACUCCAAGGACCCCUCCAGACGUACAGACUCCCCGUGUGGUGGGAACGUCUAGACCCCGGAUCGAACUGCUCGCUGGCAUCAGGCUCCGUGCUCCACACCCCGACCCUCCUCCCCAGGUGGGGCCAGCCCUUGGGCCUGGAGGCAGUGCUCCCCCAGCACUGUCACCCCCGGCCCCAAGGGCUCUGUCAUCUGAAGACGUGAGCUGCUGACACGUAAACAGUUCCCACAAAGGGGGGGAGGGGCCCCUCUGCGUUAAAGGACACGAACUCAGGAAGGAGGUCAGUGGGGGCUGGAAUAAAGACCUGAGCUUGGCCUGGAAGGACGGGCCCUGGAUUCAGUCCUGCGUGGAGUGCAACCCUAAGGCAGGCUAACAGGGGCACAAACGUUUGGGUCAACCGAGUUGGAGCCAUAAGGCAAAACCUCCCCAAGAAAGAUGAGCAGCGAAGCCAGUGAUUGCAGGCUGGGGGUGCGAACCUCGUCUCCACCGGAGCAGCCUCAUAAGCAUGGAAAGCACUUAGGAAGCCCUCACAUCUAACGCUCCCCGUGCAGGGCAGGGCACCCCCGGCCCCGGCUCACUCUUGCCUUAUUUUCCCCAGCAAUGCUCCAACACUUCACCACGGGAGUGGGCUGAGACAUGGCCUUCUGGAGCCUUC